AUGAACUCUCUUCAAGCAAAACCCAACGGGAUACAUCCCAAGCCUCCGGCAACAGCGCGCAAGCGGCCUGCGCACGCGACAGGUGUGAUACAGAGUGAUUCUAUCAAGGACGUUGCCGAUUCCCUUGGUGUUGGAGGGUUGCAGGAGGCCAUCGCGAGUGCUUUAGCCAGCGAUGUAGAGUACAGGAUCAACCAAGUUAUCGAGGAAGCAGUCCGGUAUAUGAAACACGCCAAACGCACCGUGCUCACUACGGCAGACAUCGACCUCGCCCUCCGGAACCUUAAUAUCGAGCCUCUGUACGGCCAUUCCCCGAGCGUGCCACUCUCGUUCCGCCGUUUUCAGCCGAACCAUUCUGAGGCCAAAUCAUUCGUGUAUGCGGUGGAGGACGAGGAGGUGGACUUGGAGCGCGUCGUUAGGGAGAGGAGGGUUAAGGUGCCCCGGGAGGUGGGUGUGAAACCACACUGGUUAGCAGUAGAAGGUGUACAACCUCUCAUACCGGAGAACCCGCCCCCGCCACCAACCUCCCACACACAAACAGACCGUCCCUCUUCCCCCUCCUCCCCUCCCUCCUCCUUGCCCUCCUCCCUCCCCCUCCCUUUACAACUCUACCAUACCCGGCUCCUCUCCGCCCUCCUCUCGCCAGACGACGCGCGCCGUGCAGCUGCGCUAGCAUCACUAGCAGCAGACGCAGGGCUCCAGCUGCUUGUCCCGAACCUCGUUAACUGGGUCGGGGAGCGGGUGACGCGCGAACUCGCCCGGGCGGAAGAGGGCGACCCUGCCGUUCUUCAAGUCGCGCUGGGGAUGAUAGGCAGUAUGGCGAAAAACGAGAACAUCUUCUUGGAACCUUAUCUACAUCAAAUUCUCCCACCCUUGCUCUCCCUCCUGCUCGUCCACCCCCACCCUGCCCCCUCUCUCCGCCCAGUCGCAGCCUCAACACUACAUCAACUCAUCACCCUCUACUCACCGAAAUACACCACACUCGCCUCCCGGCUACUCAAGACCCUCCUCCGCGCGCUCCUAGAACCGGAGCGCGCGCUCCCGACGCGCGCAGGAGCGGUGCGCGGGCUGGCGGCGCUAGGCGUGGAGGGGGUGAGACGGGGGUUGGUGGAGAGCCGGGGCGCUGAGAGCUUGGGCAGGGAAUGUGAGGCUUUUGAAGAGGCUGGGAAGGGGGGGGAUGGGGGGGAAGAGGAGCAGGAGCAGGUGGCAGAGGCUGUCAGGGCUGUGAGGGAGGCUCUGCGCCUUCUGGCACCUGGUGCGCCUGCCCCUGGGGGAGCGGAAGAGAGCGCCCUGGAUCAGGCGGGGGAGAAGAGGCUCCAAGAGGUGUUUGGAACGUAUUUCGGGAGGAUGAUCUCUCAGGAUCUGGACCGGGUUUGGGCGAGAGGGGUGUUGCAGGCUGUGGGACGGGGAGAGGGCAAGGAUGUAGACGUGGAUGUGGAUGUGGAUGUGGAUGUGGUGAUGAGUUGA